GCUUAAACUUGACAUUGUCAUAAUAAAUAAAUUACAUUUUUAAAUUUUUUGAUCAUUAAAUUUGUAAUUCGUGUAUUUUUACUUUUUAUACUUUCAAAAUGAAAUCUAUUAUAUUAAACUGUCCACAAUGUUAACUCUCUCAAAAACAAAAGGUCGAAGCACCUUUUUAUUGAAUAGACGUCAAUCCGAAAGAAUAGUCAAUUACUUUGUUUUUCUCUGAUUCAAAAUUCGAAUGUUUUGAAUUUUUUUACCAAUAUUUUUCUUAAAAAUGGAUACAUAUAUCGUCACUAACUACGGACAGUGUCGAUGUUGCUUGACAAAAGGAAACCACAAAGAUAUGAUGAAGGAAUAUUAUAGGAAUGGUAUACGCGAAGUGUAUAUUGAUAUUUACGCGGAGAGUUUCGGUGUGUAUCCGUCUCGUAAUCCGAAUUUAACAACAUUAAUAUGCACACAAUGCAUAGAGAGGUUACAAGAUGCGAGUGAUUUCAAGAUGAUGGUGAUCAAUUCAGAACAACAGCUCCUGGACGCUCUCAACAAUAUUGGUGAUGAAGACAAAGUAUUUGUAUUUGCUGAUGUGAACGAAGCUCGCAGUGAAAGUAAACUUGAAUUACCAUUGGCAGUGAAGGAGGAAUUGUCAAGUACACAUAGUGAUGCAUACUCAGAAGACUGGUCCAUCGAUGAUGCUGCAGAGUCCAAACACGUAAAGUUAGUAGAAGGAGAAGCCGAAUUCCUGGCCAGGUUCCCACCGGGAUCUUUAACAGCUCUCCCCACCAGAGCCUCGUCGAGAGACGCAUGUGCUGAGUACUUCAGACAUUUGGACUCCUUGAAAGGAAAAGUCAUAUCAGCAAAAAUGCUCCAAUAUCUCAUAGAGGAACCAGCAGACAAAAUUACGCCAAUGGACGAUACCAAUAAAAAACGUAAACACAAUUUAAAUAAAGAAAAACACAGUGAUACCAACAUCGCCAACGGUGUCGUGUCAGAGAAAAUGGCGCACGUUGCCAACAUAGCAACGUUAUUAGAGUUUUCGAAUCUAACCGCAUUCAAAACCAAAUACAAAAACGGUUUCCCGUGUUUCUAUUGCAACAAUAUAUUCGAUAGUUUAAAUGUAUUACGCGAACACCAAACAACACAUGUCAAAGUAGAUAUAAGAAAGUUAAUAUUAAAAAAAUAUAGACCAGGCAGGCCCGACUGUUUAGUCGUAUACGCAGAUAUAUAUAACCUUAAAUGCACGAUUUGCAACCAAAACAUGUCCAGUCUGAACGAAUUAAAAUCACAUUUAUUUGGUAGGCACAAAAAGAAAAUAUAUACAAACGUCACAGAUAGGGUUAUACCGUUCAAAAUGGCGGGAAACAGUUACGAAUGUCAAAUCUGUAAUUUUGACUUUGAGACUUUUGGCGCGAUCGAACGUCACAUGAAUACGCAUUACAGAAAUUACGUUUGCAACGAAUGCGGCUCCGGUUUUAUAACGAAACAGCGUUUGAAAGUUCACACUUACAGUUUACACGCACAUAAUGUAAAAACGAUCUAUUGUGACAUUUGCAAAAAAGAGUAUACAUCGCAUAAAAAAUUUAAAAUUCACUACGACGUUGUACAUAAAAUGCUCAGGAAAAUCAAAUGUUCGAAGUGUCCCGCCCGUUUCGCAGAUUACUUUGUGAGACAGAAACAUCUGGUCGACGUGCACGGCGACACACCUAUACUGUACACUUGUAGAGUAUGCGACAAAUCGUUCUCAAGACGAUUCUCGCUUUCCCGCCAUAUUAAAAAAGAUCAUUUGGAGGAACGCGACGUGCAUUGCUCGCUGUGUUCACACACGUGUUUUACUAGUUACGAAUUAAAGACGCACAUGGUUAAAAAACACGGCGAAAGAUUAUUCGAAUGCGCUGUUUGUAAGAAGUCUUAUGCCAGCCAGAAGUCGUUGGCUGAUCAUCUGAGGAUACAUAAUGAUGAUAAAAGAUUUGCCUGCGAUAGUUGUGGAUUGUCUUUUGUACAGCGCAGUGGUCUGAAAGCUCACUUGAAAAGUCAUUAUUUGGAGGAUCAAUAAACAAUUUGAAACAU